AUGUGUGACAUGGGGGGACUCGAUAACCUGGUGGCCAACACGGCCUACCUGAAAGCCCAAGGGGGUGAUGACAAGGAGAUGAAGAAACGUCGCCGGAGCCUUUCGCUGCCCAAACCAGAGCAGUGUGCAGCUCUGCGAGCUACUGUGGAAAAGGACUUUGAGUCCGUCUGUGAGAAGCAACCCAUAGGGAAGAAAUUGUUCAGGCAGUUCCUGGGUCAGGCAGGACCUGAGUAUGCAAACGCUGCUGAGUUCCUGGAUGAUCUGAAUGAAUGGGAAUUGACAGAAGAUGCUGCCAAGAGCAAGGCUUGCACAAACAUCAUCAAUAAGUUCUGCAAGGAUGGCUCCAAGAAUUUCCUGUCCUUCCUGACUGGAGAUGUUGCUGAAAAGUGCAAAGCGGUGACGGACAAGGACUUCGAAGAAGUGAUAGGCAGUAAGGUGAAAGAGGCCACCCGAGAGUUCCUGAAGGGCAAGCCCUUCACAGAGUACCAGACAAGCCCCUUCUUUGAUAAGUUUCUGCAGUGGAAAGAGUAUGAAAAGCAGCCUAUCACUGAAAAAUACUUCUACGAGUUUAGGACCCUAGGAAAAGGAGGUUUUGGGGAGGUGUGCGCUGUUCAAGUGAAGAACACUGGCCAGAUGUAUGCUUGCAAGAAGCUGGACAAGAAGCGUCUAAAAAAGAAACAUGGUGAGAAGAUGGCCCUUCUAGAGAAGAAGAUCCUGGAGAAGGUGAACAGCCCAUUCAUUGUGACUCUGGCCUAUGCCUAUGACACCAAGACCCACCUCUGUCUGGUUAUGAGCCUGAUGAAUGGAGGUGACCUCAAGUAUCACAUCUACAACAUUGGCGAGAAGGGCAUUGAGAUGGACCGGGUCAUUUACUACACAGCUCAGAUAACCACGGGCAUUAUGCAGCUGCAUGCAAUGGACAUUGUGUACCGUGACAUGAAGCCAGAAAAUGUGCUUCUGGACAGCCAGGGCCAGUGUCGUCUCUCAGAUCUUGGUCUAGCAGUGGAAUUGCCUGCUGGAAAGACCAUCACCCAGAAGGCUGGUACUGGUGCUUACAUGGCCCCUGAGAUCUUGACUGACAUUCCAUACCGAACAUCAGUGGACUGGUGGGCUCUAGGCUGCAGUAUCUAUGAGAUGGUUGCUGGCUACACCCCUUUCAAAGGACCCGAUGCUAAGAAGGAGAAAGUGGAGAAAGAAGAGGUGCAGCGCCGCAUCAUCAACGAAGAACCCAAGUUUGAGCACAAGAACUUUGAUGCUGCCACCAAGGAUAUCAUCCAACAGUUCCUCAAGAAGAAGAUAGAUGAACGUCUUGGCUGCAAGGGUGAUGACCCUAGGAAGCACGAGUGGUUCAAGUCCAUCAACUUCGCUCGUUUGGAGGCUGGCGUCAUCCAGCCACCCUGGGUACCCAAGCCUAACGUUGUCUAUGCCAAGGACACCGGUGACAUUGCUGAGUUCUCCGAGAUCAAGGGAAUUGAGUUUGACGCCAAAGACGACAAGUUCUUCAAGGAGUUUAGCACAGGUGCAGUGCCCAUCGCUUGGCAACAGGAGAUGAUUGACACUGGACUCUUUGACGAGCUCAGCGACCCCAACCGGAAAGAGUCUGCCGCUGGUCUGGAUGAUGAGAAGAAAUCAGGCACCUGCACACUCCUGUGA